UUUGCCCUUCUAAUAAUGGCAUUCUUUAGUAAAAUGCAGGGUCUUGAAGCUGAAAAUGCCUUCACACAAUAUUGGGAAAAAUAUAUUGGUCUUCCACACCCUCCACAUUGGUUAGCUGCAAAGGCUUCUCCAUUAAACCUCCAUCAAGUGGCAGUGUUUAUGAAACUUAUGAAGGAAAAUGAAUUGGCUUCCCACCUACAUUCAUUUUGUAAGCAGGCUAAUGUUGCUUGUUCUACAAAUGCAUUGGUAAACAAGACAACAAAUGGCAAAACCCUACCACCAAUUGCCCAGUGGAAUGGUGUCAAAGAGACAUACGAUGAUCUUCCCAAUGAAACACCCCUAUCAGUUGCCAACCAAGGGGGGCUGCCUUAUUUCCGAGAGUCAAUGGUGAAAAAAGGAGGUAUCAGGCCUAUCCCAGAUCUAAGGGACCCAAUAUCAUACAAAUCGUUCUUGCCGCGAUCUUUGGUAUCAAAAAUCCCAUUUUCCUUUGCUCGAAUCAAGGAAUUGAAGAAGAUUUUUGGUGUGGUGGAUGACUCAGACAUGGAUGAGUAUAUUCAAAAAACCCUCAUGAUAUGUGAGAAAAGCCCCAUUCGAGGCGAACAAUACACUUGUGCAACUUCCGCGGAGGACCUCAUCGACUUUGUUGUUGAGAAAUUAGGGCAUCAUAUACGCAUAUGGAGUACUAAGAGCAUCGAAGGAUCUUAUGAGAAUGUCACAAUUGGAUCUGUGAAACUCAUCCAUGGAAAUCUCUCUGAACCACCAGUUUUAUGUCAUAGUAUGCCAUUCCUAUUUCAAGUCUAUUAUUGCCAUGUAUUCCAUAAAGUUAAAGUAUAUGCAGUUGAUAUACUUACUCGGAAGAAACUGAAUCAUGUGAUCAUGGCAUGCCACUAUGACACAUCAACUUGGAAUCCAAACAAUAUUGCUUUUAAGCAGUUGGGUUUUGGCCCAGGAAUAAUCGAAGUUUGUCAUUGGAUAAACGAGAAUGGAAUGGUUUGGACAAAGACUCUAACUUGAGAGGCGUUUAAAAAUUUGAUUUUUCUUCCAAAUCCCUUGUUUGUGUUACAUGUUAACGCUUAUGCUAUUUGAAUGAUAAAUAAUGACCUAUUUUGGCUUGCUUCUUG